AUGAUUGUUGCAAUCCCCAACAGAAAAGGGUGGAUGAAUUUUUUGGCGAUAGGCAACUGGCCGGACGCGUUUUAUAAGGAAAUUCAAAGCAUGCACCGAGCAUUCCUCGCUGCAGACGAUGAGUAUGAUGGCUUCGAAGUCGUAGAACAUCUGCAGUAUCGGGUCAAUACGCUAGUUCUAAAAUGCCUUGACUUUGAUGACUUCGAAAAGAAGAUGAAUACUGCCCGCGACAUACCAUAUUGGCACCCACAUGCAAACACAAUUGUGUAUUACGAGAAUGCUGAGGAAAGCAAUGACAUAAUAGCCAAGAUAUUAUUUAUAUUGUGGUAUUACAAAAUGUGUAAUGCCAUCCUGCUACAAUAUAAUGAUGACACCGAAAAGUUUACAGUCACGCAUUACAAUCCAUACAUCAGCGAACAUUUCAAGUUAAAAUACAGCUAUGGAUGCUGGACUACGAAGAAGAUUACUUAUCCAAUAGAAAAUUUUGAGAAGAGCUUCACGUGUACAGAAGGUUGCCACAAUGUAACCGUACGCUCUAAAUUACGGGCGGACCAUCUUGGAACUUGUAUUGGCUUUGAAACUAUUGUGAAAAGUUACGAAGAUAAUGCUUCGUCUUUAGGCAGCUCAUUAUUCAAUGACAAAACCAAAGAUUUGCAUGGCUUUACUCUUAGGGCAUAUGUAAAAGAUGUAGUACCUUUUGUGAGAAUAAACGUAAAUGAUGACGGAACGUACACCCUAAAUGGACGAGAUGGAUUGGUCUGGGCUACUUUGUCCCAGAACAUGAAUUUUAGCUUAGACUUUUCUCCCAGCGAAAAAAUAAUGAAAGGCCCUUUCGACUUCGAAGAAAGCAUCCAACAGAUAUUCGAAUUCGCACAACGGAGAGGCGACUUGCUCCUCAUACCAAUUUACCAGUUCGACCUCGUCAUUGUCGAGAUAGAUAUGACCACAGCUUUUAAAGCAAGUGGUGUGUGCUUUAUGGCCCAUCGCGCUGGUUUUGAAACGACGUUAUUCGACGUGAAAGUGCUCCUAAAAAACUACACGUUAGUGAUCAAAUUCGUGUUCUGCUUUUUAGGCACCUGGUUCGUAUUCUUCAUUUUCAACUUCGUAGAAAAAGGCUCUACAAGUUUUGAUCAGUUCGGCAAAGACUUGAUCAAUGCAUACCGAAACAUGUUAUCUGUGAGUUUAUUUAAACCACCUAAGAAACAGACGUUUAGGAUGUUUUUGUUCUUUUCGAUUUGGAGUUUCUUUGCCAUUAAUUUUGUUACACAAGCAGCUAUAAUAUCGUUCUUCAGUGCACAUAAGAGAGGCAAAGAUGUGGACACGUACGACGAUAUAAUCGAAAAAGGAUAUCCAAUAGAAGGCAUGGCGUCACCUGAUGUUGUACUGCCGGAUACAGAAGAAAAAUUUAGGAAGAUCAAUUCGAAGCUCGUUCCUAUCCAAGAUAUAUUUGGCUGCGUUAACCACAUGAGCAAUGAUAGUCGAAGAUUUUGUCUCAUCGAUUGUUCGGUAGGUCGGUAUUUGGAACGCAACAAACUGAACGACAAAGGAGAGCAGUAUCUACAUAUAACUAAGGACCAAAUUCAUAAUUAUUAUACCAACUUUAUUUUUCAUAGAAAUUCUCCGAUGAGCGAUCAAUUUAACCGGAUAAUGCUAAUUUAUUUACAAGCUGGGCUGGUUGACAAAUGGGAGCAAUAUCGAUUUACCGAUAUAAAAGACGAAGCCCUUAUUAAAGCUUUGGACAUGAGUGAUCUGGGAGGAGUCUUUAAAUGUUAUUUUCUUUUGACGAUAAUUUCAUGUGUAUUCUUUGCUAUUGAAGUAGCUAUAGGAUUAAUACAACGCAUCAAACAGUUCUCCACAGCAAGGUUCUUGGAGUGGAAGAAGAGGCGCGUUAUUAAGAAACACCUGAAACGUACAAAGAUAGGCCCCGUUAAAUUAGUCAAUAGCUUCACACAGACUACUUAAAAAUAACCAACACUUAGGUUUUUUUUUUAAAUAAAUACCUUCAUUAAAUACCUAUUUACACAUAGGACGGAAACGAAUAGAGAAAAUAAAUGUUCAUGCACUUAAAUUAAUGCUUGAUUGUGUGGGAAGCGGGAAUCGAAUCCGUGACUUAAGGACAUAGUAGUUGCACGCAUAUCACUGGGACAGGCGACCGGCAAUGGAUUUCAAUGGUGUAGGUAGAGUUAUUUUUGAAUUCGUCGUAGUUUCCUGACAGGUGGAUAAUAAACGAUUACGAACUAGGUAAUAUUUGUGUGCACGCGAGAUCUUCAUGGCAUCUUGAUAGCUGAAAUCUAUUGAUAAGCCUUUAUCGUCCACCGCCGAAUUUUGCUUGCUUAUCUCGAGGUAGGUAUGUGGUAUGACAUAGGUAAGUUCUUUGCCCUUACGUACCUACUUAUUUAGUUAAAUAACUUAAAACUUUAUGGCGACUUUAUCGUGUCGUAUCUUUGUUAAGGCAGUGUUUAAUAGUAAAUUAGUAAAUAAACAUUAAUCUAGUGAAAAGUAUGAUUUGGUUUU